GUUGGCUGUGAGCCAUUUGCUGCGUGUCCGCGUCUCUCCCCAUCCGCGAGACUUGCUGUCCGGCGGCAUAAUAUCCGUCUCUCACUCGCGCUGAUCGUGUGCAAUUGUCCACUCGCCGGCAGACCGUUUACUUAUAAAAAGCAGGCUCUGCUGUGGGAGAAAGCGAUUUGAUUGUCUUUGGGGCCCCAGACCUGCCUCAAGCGCUGAAAAGUGCCACCGUGAGAAUUGAGAAAAGAGACUUUAAAGACUUGCAAAUCCCAGCCGUAAUAAGCAGAGAUGGCCGAUAUGGACAGUAUUGGAGUCAUCGUCGAAUUGCACGUCUAUGAUUUGACAAAGGGUCUUGCCGCCUCCCUAUCCCAAAUGCUUUUGGGGAAGCACUUGGAGGGUGUUUGGCACACUGCAGUCGUUGCCUAUGGCCGAGAAUACUUUUUCGGCGCUGGAGGAAUCCAGAGCGUCCGACCUUGCAGCACGGUGCUUGGCGAGCCCGAUAGGGUAGUCAACCUAGGGGACACGUUCAUCCCGUACCAAGUGUUUCUGGACUACGUGCUCGGCUUGGGCGAAAGCACCUUCAGGGCGGACAAUUACGACUUGUUCCGGCACAACUGCAAUACAUUCUCGAACGAGGUGAGCCAGUUUCUCUGUGGAGCCGACAUACCCAAGUAUAUCAUCGACCUACCCCAAGAAAUUCUGAGCACACCGAUUGGAGCUGCGAUCCAGCCACUUCUUGACAGUUUAGGCGGCGUCUCUCGUUCAAGAGGAAGCGUUGUACCAACAUCAGAUUUGGGCAUUCUCAGCUUCUUAACACCCCCGGCACUGCAGGCAUUGUCCAGGGAACAAAUCCCGGAGUCUUCACAAGAAAUCCAUCUCAACACUGAGCAGCUCUGUCGAACCAGUCGGGUGUCAUUCAUUGAACCCAAUAACGAGGAGCAGAGCCACCAGAAGGAAAAGAAGAAGAAGCGCACAAAGAACAAAAGGAAAUCGUCACGCAGCAGCAUGGCAGACAGUGAAACGACCUCUCAAAAUGGCUCGGACGAAGUGAUCGCCCCUGUCGUCUCCGAGAAACCAGGCAGAAACGCAGAAAAAUCUGUGGCCGAGUUUGAAGAACAAGAGAGGCAGGAGGCUGAGGAGAAAAAGAAGCAACGAGAACCACCAAUCAUCUAUAAAGACUUGGUUGAUUUGCAAUCUGAAUUUGAUGGCCUGGUUGAUUUGAUCGCUGGAAUUCUCACUCCGGAGGAACAGCAGUCCAUGGAGGAGCUCCACCAAUACAUGCUCGAGGACGAAGGCUCCUGGGCUUUGGGAGACAGUUUCUUGAGCUUCGUUGGUCGAAUUCUUCACGACAAGUCUCAGAAAUCAGAGGCCAGAGUAAAACUGCUCAAUGUCUUGGCUGUGGCCGCGCUCAAAGAUGACGUCAUUCUGAUGCUCCACCAAGACAGGCGAGAACACAUCUUGAUGAAUUUUGCUCAGGACAUCGACAGGAUUCCCCUAGAAGAGCAACUUGCUCUUACACUUUUCUUUGCAAAUUUGUUUGAGAAUUUGAGCAGCUCCGAGUGGCUCCUGUACAUAUCUGAGUGGCAAUACUGCAACAACACUUUGAGCAACAUCAGGGUCACCACCAAGGUGGCGGUCAACUCGCUCCUCUCGGACAACACCACCCUUCAGGACAGGGGCUCCGCCAUCCUCCACAACCUGGCCUGCAAGGAGGUAAAAUCAGUGGUGUUUGAUGAUGUGGCUGUGGAGCUGACAAUGGCGGUUCUGCAGUACUUCAACAGCAAACCUCCCGAGGAAAACCUGUACAGGUGCAUGAAGGCUCUGCAUCGCUUCUGUCUGAUCUCUGCUCAAGAUGUGCCCCAGUUGGUGCAGAUGAUUGGACCCGAGCCGAACACAUUCAAGGGCACCUCUGAACGUGUCGACAAUCUGAUUAGCGAGAUUAACAAGAAGCUGCGCUGAGAGGGCACUUAACCCCAUAUUGAUGUGUAUGAAUGUAAGAAGCACUUGAAACUACUGCUAGCAUAGCUUUUAUUUUAUAACCUGCCAAGGGAUUAACAAUUUUUUGUAUAUUAAACGGGAGUGGUUUUCUUAAUUUAUUUCGUACUUCAUCGCAACAAUCUGGGAGUCGUUGUUUUGUUAUGCAAUUUUUCAAAAAUCUAUUAUUUGUUAAUCUGGUGGAAAAUUUGGGACAAAAAUCUGAGAGUGGAAAUAACAAAGAUUCUUUUUGUAUAUGAUUAUAUCCAAAUAAAAGCACUUUCUGUUCAUUUUUCAA